UAAAAGCCAGAGACUUGUUAUUUGUUAGGUUUUAGAAGAAACCCAGAAAGAAUUUUUUACAUAUAUAAAAUACGCGUAACAUAUAUAUAUAUAUACACAUACACAAUCAUAGAUAACUGCUCUUCUUUCUUAUAUUUCAGAGCAUACCUGUCAUCCAUGGAGAAUUCUUACUUUUAUCAUUCUGCUUGGCCUGAACUUACUAAUUUCUCAGAUUCCAACGAUGGUGAGUCUCGAUGUCUAUUUCCAUGGUCGGUACCUCCUUGCGUUUCGGCCUCUCCUGACUCGGUCCAGCUCCAUGGAUGCCCUUCGUGGUCAAUUCCAGUCGAAGGAGUUGCAGAAGACAAGGCCGCAUCGGUGUCGAAGAGCCAUAGCCAAGCCGAGAAGAGACGAAGGGACAGGAUCAAUGCUCAGCUUGCCACUCUCAGAAAACUCAUCCCUAAGUCUGAUAAGAUGGACAAGGCAGCUCUGCUAGGGAGCGUAAUAGAACAAGUGAAGGAUCUGAAGAGAAAAGCAACAGAAGCGAGCAAAGCACUGAGUGUCCCAACAGAAGUUGAUGAAGUGACUGUGGACGACUGUGCGGCCGAUUCAAAGGGGAGCAGUGAGAGCGCCUUCUUCAGGGCAACCCUCUGCUGUGAUGAUCGGCCAGAGGUAUUUUCCGAGCUAAUACGAGUCCUAAAAGGCCUGAAAAUGAGCAUUGUCAGGGCUGACAUAUCAAGUGUUGGAGGAAGAAUGAGGAGCAAUUUGGUGAUGUCCACUAAGGGAAGCGUGUCAAUGAGUACUCUUAGACAGUCCUUAAAUGUUUUUCUCAGUAGGAUUGCUUCUUCUUCUGUAACUUCAAAUUGCCGGAUUAGAAGCAAGAGGCAGAGACUUUUCUUGCCUUCUAAUUUCUCUCAUCAAUGAUCAAACCACCACCUAUACGUACACACUACAACAUACGUAAUUCUCUCCCCAAAA